AUGACGCCUUCACCAAUGUACAUCGACCGGGAAUACCAGUCCACACAUUUCAACCUCUUCAAAGACUCUAUUACUGUUCCGCUGAAGCCAGUGCUGCCGCCUGGCGUUGACCAGAAUGCGUUUAACAAGGCGGUCGCGAAAUACAAGGGUGUUGUUGGUGAUGCGCAGGUGUAUUCAGGUGAUGCAUUGACCGAGUACAUUGACCCGUAUGAGUUGCACGAGGCGGAGGGAACUCGCAAGAUGCCCAGUGCAGCCGUACGACCAAAGAACAUCGAGGAACUACGAGACGUGUUGAAGAUUUCGAAUGAGUUUGGCAUCCCAGUAUGGACGUUCUCACGAGGAAAGAAUCUCGGAUACGGCGGACCCGCCCCUCGCGUAACCGGCUGCGUAGCCCUCGACCUCCACCGCAUGGACAAGAUCAUCGAAGUAAACUCCGAAUACGCGUACGCCGUCGUCGAACCCGGUGUCACAUUCACCGAUCUCUACGACUACUGCGUCAAGAACAAGCUCAAUGUCUGGCCAUCAGUACCAUCUCUCGGCUGGGGCUCAGUCAUCGGAAACACAAUCGAUCGCGGCACAGGCUUCACACCCACAGGGACGCACCACCAACACAUCGCCGGCGUGGAAGCCAUGUUGGCGAACGGCGAGCUCGUCCGAACAGGCCAGUUCGCCAUGUCCAACUCCCCAUCCGCACACCUCUCCAAGUUCUCAUUCGGACCCAGUAUCGAGGGACUGUUCCUGCAGUCCAACCUCGGUAUCGUGACUAAACUAGGUAUUUGGCUCACGCCCGCACCCCAAGCCUUCAUGUCCUGCUCAUUCGACAUGCCGGAUUUCGAAGACGUGGAAACGAUUGUCGAUAUCUUCGGGCCGUUGCGACGCGACGGGCUGCUUCCCAACACUGUCUAUGUGUCCAAUGUGACGGAGUGGCUGGGCAUGAUGGGCCCGAGAGAAGACUUCUGGCCACACGACACUUCGAUACCGGAUUGGAGGAUCAAGGAGUUGCAGAAGCAGUUCGAUCUGGGGUAUUGGAAUGCCAAGUUCGGCCUGUAUGGCGCGAGGGAUGUGAUUCAAGCGCAUUUCGACGAGCUGAAGAAGAUUAUUGGGGAGAAAGCGCCGAAGGGAAGGUUGGUUGGUAAGAUCUUUUCUGCGCCGGAUGGAGAGACGUUGGAUCCUACAUCUGUUCCUGAGAUGGAUGGUGGGUUCUUCGUUGGUAUACCGACGCUCUGGUCGCUUCCUAUGGUGAAGUUCCGCCUGCCAAAGUCCGGGGGUGGCAUUGGUGCGCAUUACGACUACAGCCCUAUUAUACCUUCCAGGGGCAAAGAGAUUCUGGACUGGGUCAGGACGGCGAAGAAGAUCUGCGAGAAAGAUAACUUUGAUCUGUUCUGUGACUUCUUUAUGCAUGAGCGUCAUGUCAUUUUCGUCAACAUGUUCACGUUUGACAAGACGAACGCGAUGCAUCGGAAAGCGGUGCAGAACAUCUUUGAUGGCCUGUUCGAGGCGGGUAAGAAGAGGGGAUACAGCAAGUAUCGCAGCCACGUCAACACCAUGGAUCGUGUCGCUUCGCUGUAUGAUUUCAACGAUCAUGCGUAUCGAAGGUUCGUCGAGACGAUCAAAGACGCCGUCGAUCCUAAUGGUAUACUGUCGCCUGGUAAGCAGGGUAUCUGGCCAAAACGGUUCCGAGGGGAUGAGGUAUCAAAGGCGCAUCUAUGA